GCGUUCAGGACUUUUGUCCCUCUGCGGACACCGUCGCAGUUACACAAACAGAGCUCCGUAUCUCGGAUGUUUCCCGUAAAUUUCAGCUCACAGGUUGAGUUUUCCCGGUAAACAUGAGAUGUCUGUCCUGCGCAGAGCCAAGGCGUGGGAAAUCUCUGAAUCUGAGGACAGCGAUCAUGAAAUAAAACCACUUUCAACCCGCGAUGCGAGCUUUAAAAAAGAAACUAAAGACAGUAGAGGAGAUCAGGAGGUUGAGAGCUCAGCAGAAAGCCCAAUAAACCAGCCGGCAUCACCUGCAACAACAGAGCCCAGGGUCACUUUACCUUCUCUGCGUCCAGAGGCGCCUGAUGGAGGCGGCACAGCGAGCCCUGCAAGAAAACGCCGCAGCAAGGAGGAGAUGGAGGCGGACAGACUUAGAGCCAAGGAGAGGAAGGAGGAGAAGGAGAGACAGAGGGCUGCGAAGGCAAAGGAGAAGGAGGAGAGGAAGCAGGAGCAGCUGAGGAGGAAAGAGGCCGCAGAAAACCUAAAGAGUCUCCGGCCAGAGAACUGCAUCAAGAGCCUGACUGUUUGCAUAGAACCAGCUCUUCUGCAACAGGAUGGCUCAGAUAUCUUGCUGGACACCUUGGCCAUGUUGGAGUGGAGGUUCACUGUUGAGAGCCAACAUGUUUGUGGGAGCAUCACCUGGACCAGAGCUUUGCCUCAGCAGGGAGAAAACGCUCAGGCCUGUGUGGAGGAGGAGCAGAUGGUUCUGGUCCUGACUCUGGAUGACUUUGUGGACGUCGUGAUGUCAGUUAAAAAUGUGGUGGACGGUGAAGGGGAGGAGACGGGGAUGGGGACUGUCCUCAGUCCUCUUUGGGAGUGUCUAAAUCGGAAUCCCAAUAUGGUGGUCACUAUGUUGGUGAUGGACUUUGAGUCGGAUCACUGGUCAGUAUAUUGUUUCUCAGAACAGAUGCUACAGAGCAAACUGGGGAUGAGGAAUCAGGACUUGGAGGAGGUGCUUGUGUACCUGCAGCUCUACAAAAACAUCUCAGUGGUUUUUCUGGCCAGCUGGAAAGACGUGACUGAUCACGUGUGUGCCGUAACCAAGGCUCUAUCAAAACGCCCCUUCAAACUCCUGACUGAGGCAUCAGAGCUGCCGUUCUGCGUGGAUGGCUCAUGGGCCAGUGGGGCCCGGGUGGAGAGGGACGGCUCCGGCCUGAGGGACGUCUGGAACAGGCAGAUCCAGCAGCUGAACAGAGUUAGCCCGGCAGUGGCCUCUGCUGUGGCAGAGUCGUUUCCAUCUCCUCAGCUCCUGCUGCAGGCGUACCAGAACUUGGGAUCGGAGGUGGAGAAGAAGGGAAUGCUGGCUGGACUCUCAGUGAAAACAGAAGGCAAAGAAAGAAGGAUUGGACCAGACAUUUCAGCCAGAAUCUACCGCUGCCUGACAGCAGAGAACCCUCAGCUGGUCCUGGACUGAUCUGCCUAACUUCA